AUGCAAAUAAGGCUGCGCCCCCAGGAGCGCGUUUUCCCAGACUCCUCUGCUUCCUGCGUGGAGGAAAGACAGCGCGCGCCCCGAGGCCCGCGCCUGGACGUCGGCGCCCUUCUGUCUUCGGAGCGGCAGAGAGGCCGGAAGUGGAGGCCCCGAGGCCUAGCGCCAGGACACCGGAAGUCCGUUGAGGGACGCGCGCGCCGGCCGCAAGCCGCGCCCCCGACGCAAGCCGCGCCCCCGACGCGGCCCUCCUGGCGGCGGCCCCGACGGGCGGGCCGGGCCGGGGCCCGCAGUGCAGGUCCUAAUCUGAAGGAGUGGCUGAGGGAGCAGUUUUGUGAUCAUCCACUGGAGCACUGUGAGGACACGAGGCUCCAUGAUGCAGCCUAUGUGGGGGACCUCCAGACCCUCAGGAGCCUAUUGCAAGAGGAGAGCUACCGGAGCCGCAUCAAUGAGAAGUCUGUCUGGUGCUGUGGCUGGCUCCCCUGCACACCGUUGCGCAUUGCAGCCACUGCAGGCCACGGGAACUGUGUGGACUUCCUUAUCCGGAAGGGGGCUGAGGUGGAUCUGGUGGAUGUAAAGGGACAGACUGCCCUGUAUGUGGCUGUGGUGAAUGGGCACCUGGAGAGCGCCCAGAUCCUUUUGGAAGCUGGCGCCGACCCCAAUGGAAGCCGGCACCAUCGCAGCACUCCAGUCUACCAUGCCUCCCGUUUGGGCAGGGCCGACAUCCUGAAGGUUCUCAUCAGGUAUGGGGCUGAUGUUGACAUCAACCACCACCUGACUCCUGACAUCCAGCACCCAUAUUCCUGGAGGCUCACCUCCUUGGUGGUCUGCCCCUUGUACGUCAGUGCAGCCUACCACAACCUCCAGUGCUUCAGCCUGCUCCUCCAGGCUGGGGCGAACCCUGACUUCAACCUCAAUGGUCCCGUCAACACACAGGGGUUCUACGGGGGCUCCCCUGGCUGUGUAAUGGAAGCUGUCCUGCGCCAUGGUUGUGAGGCAGCCUUCGUGAACCUGCUGGUAGAGUUUGGAGCCAACCUGAACCUGGUAAAGUGGGAGUCACUGGGCCCAGAGUCAAGAGGCAGAAGGAAGGUGGACCCCGAGGCCUUGCAGGUCUUUAAAGAGGCCAGAAGUAUUCCCAGGACCCUGCUGAGUUUGUGCCGUGUGGCUGUGAGAAGAGCUCUUGGCAAGUACCGACUUCAUCUGAUUCCCUCGCUGCCUCUGCCAGACCCCAUAAAAAAGUUUCUACUUUAUGAGUAGAAUUCAAGUGCAGUGGUUGAUUACAGUGAGGACGAAGGUGAUCUGCAGUGAAAAUGGAUACCUAUCCUUGCACCCUGUGAACCAUGUCCCCGUGAACCAUAUCUCCAGCUGCCGACUGUGUCCCAUUUGGCUGUUUAUCAAGAAGAAGCGGCCUUGUUCUCAUGGAUUGUAACUCCAUCUCAGGUGCUUGGGCCAUUGAACAGUCCUUGGGUCAUUGUCAGCCAAGAGGCUCAUACCAACCUUAAAUUUUUUUCUUUCUAAAUAUUUCUGUGGGAUUUUCACAGUUGCAUAUUAAUGAAUUGGGCCGUGAAACGUGUGCAGGCAUGGGCUGAGGUUGGCGGCCCGUAGUGAAGACUCCUAGCACUUGCCAGAACUGUGCUUCUAUUUAUUUUUCUACUUCUGAAUGUAAUCGUUUGAUUAAAGCCUUCUGAUAUCUAAAUGAAAAAA